CUAGCCUCACAUUUGUUUCUACAUACACUCCAUUCACGGCACCUGCUAAGACUCUCUUUCUUUCUUUCUUCCUCAACCCAAUUCUGAGAAACUCUUUUUUCGAGGUCUGGGGUUCGAAUCCCCACUUGAGGGCCAUAAUUGACUGGUUAUAAAACAAUGGCAGCUGCUGCUUUUACAGGCAAUAGCUUAAUGGCUUCCUCUUGUUGUGGUAGAGGAGAGGGAAGUGUUCAGGUGAAGUGGGUUUCGUUGGGGAAGGUCAGGAGUUCGAAGCCCUUUGUGGUCAAGCCGCUGAUGAAGAAUGUGAACGAAGGGAAGGGAUUAUUUGCGCCUGUGGUUGUUGUUGUCAGAAAUGUUGUGGGCAAGAAGACUUUCAACUCUUUGAGGGGAAAAGCCAUUGCUUUGCAUUCACAGGUGAUAACUGAAUUUUGUAAAUCAAUAGGAGCUGAUGCCAAACAAAGGCAAGGCUUGAUUCGCUUGGCCAAAAAGAAUGGUGAAAAGUUGGGCUUCUUAGCAUAAAACAUUGUGGAAAUACAAGAUGGAAAUGUUCUAUUAGAUUCUUCUAUGCCUAUGAUGUGCCUCACAAAUACAAAAUGUCAAUUGAAAAAAGUAUUUCACACUAUAUGUAAUGUACACUGCAAUGCAUUGAGAUUAUGCUUUUUACUAAUUUUUUUAUAUAGAUAUAUGACAAAACAUUUUUUGUUGCAUA